GUGUUUACAGUCAGCGCACUUUCACUACCAGCAACAACAAUUUGGAGGCUGUUCGGUGUGUGUGAGAUGGUUAAAAUUGUGUAAUAAUGUCGGAGAUGUUACUGAAGGGGAUGGAAGAAGUGUCUCUCGGUCAGUUGAAGGAAGAAGAGAAGGAGAGCGGAAGGAGUUUUCUCCUUAUCGAUGAAAAUGAAACCCUGCAGGUGGAAAAGGAAAACCACUUCCUGAGGAAACUGGGCUGCAGCGCAGCAGAAGGAGUCAAGGUGCUCUCGAUCUUCGGCAACACGGGCGACGGCAAAUCGCACACGCUGAACCACGUGCUGUUUGACGGCGAGGAAGUGUUCGCGACCUCUCCCUCUCCGGCUUCAUGUACCGUUGGAGUGUGGGCCGCGCACGAGCCUCGUCUGGGCCUGAUCGUGCUGGACACAGAGGGUCUGCUCGGCGCCUCCACAAACCAGAACCAGAGAAUGCGCCUGCUGUUAAAAGUCCUGGCUGUGUCCGACGUGGUCGUGUACCGCACACGGGCCGAGCGUCUGCACAACGACAUGUUCCAUUUCUUAGGCAGCGCUUCAGCCGCGUACCUGAAGUACUUCACGCCUCAGCUGCGUGCUCUGUCCAACCGCUGUGGGCUCGACGUGCCGCUCUCUCACCUCGGGCCGGCGGUGGUGGUGUUCCAGGAGACCUCGCGCACUCAGCUGCUGGGUCACGACACCACAGUGCCGGCGGAUAUCCUGCUUCAGAAACGUUUCCAUGACCUGAGCCUGAGCACAGAAGCCUUCAGCUCCGUGCAGUAUGUCGGCACGCAGACCAUCACACCUCCAACGGACUUCUCUCAGCUCAGGGACACCAUCACGAAGCAGGUGAAGAGCACGGCGUCACGAGCCCCACGCCAGCCAGACAUCGUCUUCAGCGCCCUGCAGGCCUUGAGUGAUCGGUUCUGCGGAGAAAUCUCUGAUGACAAAAUUAGCAUGUACUCCUUCUUCCCUGACGAGUAUUUCACCUGCCCUUCUGUCUGCCUCAGCUGCAACAUUCGCUGUAAGAAUGGCAUGAACCACCAGAAGGACCGAAUGCCACAUAUGGCGGAUGGAUUGUGCCAGUACACUCAUCAGUACAACAACAAGGUUAUUAUAUGCAAGAAAUGCUAUGAAGGUGGAAGGGAAGUGAUUGUCGUGCCCAAGACCUCCGCCUCCUCUGAUAACCCGUGGUUUGGUCUGGCGAAGUACGCCUGGUCCGGGUACGUGCUGGAGUGUCCGUACUGCGGCAUCAUCUACCGGAGCAGGCAGUACUGGGUGGGGAAUCAGGACCCCGAGAGCACUGUGGUGCGCAGUGAAGUCAAGCACGUCUGGCAGGGGUCGGAAGCUUUCCAGACAGACCACCAGAACGCGGCCCAGCGGGUGUUAGAUGGAGUAAACUACGUCCUCCAGUCUGUCUCCGAGUACAGCUCCGGUCCCACCAAAGCAGUCACAGCCUGGAUCACAGAUCAGGUGGCUCCGCCCUAUUGGAGGCCGAAUGCCGAAAUUACAGAAUGCCACGGCUGUAAGCGGGUGUUCGAGGAGGCCGAGAGGAAGCACCACUGCCGUGCUUGCGGUGAGGGUUUCUGUCAGGCCUGCUCCACCCGCAGCAUGCCUGUGCCGGAGAGGGGCUGGGGCAGGAACCCGGUGCGAGUUUGCGAUGCCUGCCAUCAGCAAGGAGGAGCUCCACAAACCAUCCAGGUGGCGCAGACGGAGCCCAAGGCACUUGUGGCGCGCAGGGUGACGGAGAUGGCGCAGUCGACGCUGGAUAUGGUCUCCAAUGCGGUCGACUACCCUCUCUGUUUCGUAAAGGGAGUGGCGCGACCUGACUACUGGGUACCAGACCAUGAGAUCACUCAGUGCCAUCAGUGUGCCAAGGCGUUCAGCUCGAGCGUGCCCAAGCACCACUGCCGUGCAUGCGGUCAGGGGGUGUGUGCUGGCUGCUCGGCUCAAUGCCGCCCCGUGCCGUCUCGUGGCUGGGAUCAUCCGGUGAGGGUGUGCGAUGCCUGUGCCACCCAGUUAGACUCCCAGUGACUCCAGAAAUCACGGCUCUGAAACACAAAAAGAGGAAAGUGUCCGAUUGAGCUCAGAGACUUCAGUGUAGUACACUCGCAUCUUAUCUGAAGGCGUUAACCUUAAACAUCAGUCAAAAGAUGUCCCUGAAUGCCACGCUGAGAGGCUGAGUUAAUCAGCAGCUUGUAAAUGACUGUCCUUUUAUUUUGCAGACAGUCGGGGAAACCAUUCGGUGCAGGUUUAUUUCCUGUACUUUUCCAAAACCUCCCCAUGUGCAUCGUCCGACAGCACGGGCUCUGACGUUUAUUACUCUCAACACUACAGGCUGCAGUUUAGUGUUCAUAAAGAACAUUCAGGAGGAUCAAGGAGAGCAAAAGUUCCCACUGUGAACAUCAUGUGGUGGGUGUGGCACUUUAUAGAAAAGGGUCACGUAAAGACUCCACCCACUAAAAAUCAGGUACUUGCCGCCUUUUUACACAAAUGAUCUGCUCGUUUCUACACCAUGCAAACAUUUCAUAUAAUUAUUAAAAAAAAAAUUGCACCGAGUUUUGCAGACCUGGCAGCCUUUAUGCAUUUUUAUGUCGAAGCUCAGCAGUUUAUCCCCCCCGAGUACGCUGCUACACGUUCUCGCUCAUAAAUACACAAGAGAGCUUUUUUUUAUUCCUACAAUAAAAAGAGACCGAUUAGCUCAUGGAAAUAUGAAUCUGGAAUGAUUGGUCAGUGUGGUUUUUUUUGAACGCUUCAAAAUCAAGCCCCGCCCCUUUUCCGUCGUCUCAAAUGGAGUUCUGAAAGAUGCGACUCCACUCAGAAGAUCGCCAACAGUAAAAUGGUCGGUCAGUGCGUUCACAGAAAUCCGAGCACAGGAUCUGAGACUCUGAAGAGAUUUAGUGUAAAGUUUUUCGUGUUAGUUGUUAACACUUGGCUGAAUGCUGUUCUAUGACUUUUUUUUUUUUUUUUUUUUACAUUUAAUCAGAUUUCCAGUGAAGAAAUGCAUCAAGUCCAGAGCCCUUUGUGUGGCCAAGUUGGCGCGCUUGAUGACCACAGGAAAAUAACUUUCGUUCUUAGUGCUUGAAUGUGUUUGAUGCAGCAGCGCUGUGUCACCAGGCCUGCAUUCAACACAGCACGAAUUUAUGCAAUUCAUUCUUACAAGAGCUACAAUUAAUACAGCUGCUUUAAAAAAAUAAAUUAAAUAUGCGUGAACGUCUGGUCCGUCACCGUCUCCUGUCGACGUCAUUUAGUGUGUGGUUUUUUUUUAUUUCUAAUCAUAUUUCACUGUCAGCCAGUGACUUGGAAGCCUUCAUGCGUUAAAGUCUGUGAAAAACCUUCUGAAUGAGCGUUUAGAGAAUAGGGAGAGAAACUGAUAUUUAACGCUGAGAAAACUCAAUUUCUUUACUUCUCUUGAAGAUUUCGUCCUGCAUAAUGGACAUGCAGUCGGCUUCAGAAUUACUGCCGCCGUUGGGGAAGAAAUGUCUUUGUGGGUAACCUCGCACUGAACAUCCCUGUAUUUCAGCAAUAUCCCAUGAACACGAGUGUUGUGUUGGCUAUCAGCAAGUCUGUGCACGAGGUCACAAUAAUUCUAGCGCGUGGUUUUGCUUGUAUAUAAAAUUUAGUUUUCCUAAAAUACUUUCAUCCAAUGGAAGGUUCCGUUUCAGUCACGAUUCCGUAUAAAUAUCAAGACGUUUUCUUCCUACCUAAUCUUGUCCCUCUUUAACAAGGGUGCCAAUAAUUCUGGAGCAAUUCUCAGAAGGCAGCUGCAGACGUGGGCACCACUGUAACUGGAAUUAAAUCGCAGUGGAUGCGAACUUUAAAUAAAAUAAAAAAUAACAACGUGACUGUGAAGAUCAGGAAGGUAUGGGAACAUCUUACCAUCUCACAGAAGCUGAAGAUGUUUUAAUAAGGCAAGAGAUGACAUUUAGCCGAGCAGUUAGUCCAGGAAAAGCAGGAGUGUUCUCAUAAUUCGUCAUUAAUAGUGACGUUUUACACAAGUUCUGUUUUGAUGCCAGUUUUAUGCGCACAAAGUUAAAAAGUAGAAUUUGAUGUCCAAGCUCUUACUUGUUUUUGGAGUUAACGUAUUGCCCAUACGCCUCAAAAACGCAUCCUGAGAUCUGACGACGAUGCCACUACUUCAUAUUUCUCCUCGUCCAGGUCUGUGUGGUCAGGUGGAUUUAGUUUUGAUGUUCAGAUCAUCUCCUGGAUCUCUAACGUGUCUCGACUACAGACAAGUAGGAAGUUUGCGUUUGCAUAUAUUUUUAAUGAGCCCAGCUCAUUAAUUUUAUGAUCUCGGCUCUCGGUCUAUAUCUGUAUUGCACUUUAGCUAGUUAUUUAAUCUUUUUUCUGCUGUUAUAGAACGAAAUAUCAUAACCAUAAAUGCAUUACACUAUGUGACACAAUCAUAUAACAGAAAUGUAAUUAUAUAAAGCCAGUCAGUUACUCAGUUCGGCAGAAGACAAAAUCAUCCAAUUAUAACCACUUUAACAAUUGUCUGCCUGUAUAAUCAUCUGCUUUGUCAAGUCUCACACGAUUGGGGCAGGUUCGUUCAUGACCAACACCACACCAAAGUAACUUUGUUUAAACGAAACAGCACAAAGGUGUCCGAGUUCAUGAGAAGAGUGAUUUCAGAGUGUUGGUAGACCUUGCCUUGGACAAUGUGUGAUGUUUAAAAUGGUCUUCAUAUGGUUUACUCGUAGCACUUUAUUUGUUUAAACAGUUUGAGGGAAUAUUAGAGGAUUUUUUUUUAAAUAAUAAUCUCUGGAUUUUCAACGUUUUUGGUUUCCAACCUGUGGACUGGAACAAAUCCCUCUGGAUUUUUACGAUGUGAUUGAACCAAAGUAAUUCUGUUGAUCACAUUUUCAUUUUUUAUAAUCCUGUUUUAUCUUUUCAGAAUAUUAAAGAAUAUGAUGAAAACAAGAAA